AUGGAACCCUACCAACAUCCGUAUAGAAGCAAGGAAAGGGAAGAUGUAUGUUACCAGAUAGCUGUAAACCUGAGUGGCCUAGAUCAUCCGAAAUUCAAAGUCAAUAAAAGAUCCAUAAGAGACAGACAGACCUUGCUGAUUACCAAGUAUAAAGCGAAAAUACACCAAGAGGAAAAUGCCACUGGAAGACCGAACUAGACCAAGCUCUCGAAGAUAUAAUUGACAGGAGAAGUUGGCCGACGAAAAAAGCUCCGAGGUAAAGAACAAAGAAAAGGAAGAAGGAGCAGCUCGAGAGGAACAUAGGCAAAGCGCUACGAAACGUUCAGGGAAGACCGUGAAAAGACAUUUUGAACACUUCGAUCAUUUGCAUUUCCUUUGUUUACAUGGGAAACUCGUCGUCAGCAAGCGAGCGCUUAAUACUCGAAUUUUCCCGCCGUGA